AUGGGCUAUGCCAACCCCCUUCAAAUAGGCCAAGGUUUGCACCUGCGUCUCUACAGCAGGGCAUUCGUUAUCCAAUCGUCUCAAAACGAAAAACCCCUUGUUUUCAUCAAUCUGGACGCAGGCAUGUCCUCACAAGUCCUUAAAACAGAAGUCGUCCGAAUGCUCCAGGCAGAAUUUGGCCGAGACUUAUUUACUCACGCAAAUGUCAUGAUUUCCGCCACUCAUACUCAUUCCACCCCAGGCGGGUUUUUUCAAUAUCUACUGUUUGACGUGACAACCCGCGGUUUCUCGAACACAACUUUUAACGCAAUGACCCGGGGCAUACUGCAGAGUGUCAAAUUGGCUUAUCAGUCUCGCACAGAAGGCAAGAUUUUAGUUGCCUCUGGGAUCCUCAGCAAUGCCAGUAUUAAUCGAAGUCCCCUAGCCUACUUACAAAACCCAGAAAACGAACGGAAAAGGUAUUCCAGUGACGUGGAUCUCACCAUGACUUUGCUCAAAUUCGUGGCCAAUGACGGCACAGAACUUGGAAUGAUUAAUUGGUUCCCGGUGCACUGUACAAGCAUGAACGGCUCCAAUCGAUUGGUGAGCAGCGACAAUAAGGGCCUAGCCUCGAUCAUGUUUGAACAAUGGAAAACAGGUAGGCCAGCCAAUGGAACGUUCGUGGCUGCUUUCGCCCAAUCAAACGAAGGCGACGUCUCUCCGAACACCAAGGGAGCCCGCUGCAUCGAUUCUGGACUCGAGUGUGACGCCCUAACUAGCACAUGCAACGGCAGAGUCCAAAAGUGCAUUGCCUUUGGGCCCGGUAAGGAUAUGUUUGAGAGCACGCAGUUAAUUGCUCGUCGACAAUUUGAAAAGGCCAAAGAGUUGUACGCGAUGGCAAAAACGGAAUUGAUUAACUCGGUGGAUUUUCGCCAUCAAUUUGUCGAUAUGACAAGCGUCACUGUCCACUAUCCUCCUGAUGGGCAUCAAGGUAAUUUAACUGGAAGAACGUGCAAGCCGGCUUUGGGAUACAGUUUCGCUGCUGGUACAACCGACGGCCCCGGAAUUGCCGAAUUUAAGCAAGGCAUGCUGAAAGGCACAGUAUUUUGGAAUUUUAUAAGUUACCUUCUGGCCAAGCCGUCGAAGGACAUGAUCAAGUGUCACGCACCAAAGCCGAUUCUCUUAGCCACAGGUCUGUUGAAUUUCCCCUUGCCGUGGCAUCCUAACAUUGUGGAAACCCAGGCGUUUCAAAUCGGUCAGUUGGUGAUUGUCGGUCUGCCGGGCGAAUUCACAACCAUGUCCGGGAGGCGGAUUAUUCGGGCUACGUCGCAUGUUCUGCCCAAUGGGACGCAACUAGUGUUGGCGGGUCUUUCAAAUCUCUACACUCAUUACGUCACAACAUUUGAAGAGUAUCAGAUUCAGCGAUAUGAAGGAGCCUCGACAAUAUUUGGACCACACACCUUGCAGGCUUACAUCGAACAAUUUACCAAGUUGGCACAAUCUCUAGUGAACGUAUGUAGCAAAUGCCAUCUAAUCAGUUUUGUUUAUGUGCUGUUUGGCCCAGAGGUGUCUAGAGACGGUCCUAGAAAAGACCAAUUACCUCCCGGACCCUCUCCUCCAUUCCUAUUGGACAAACUCUUUGGACUUCCUUCGCCUCUCCUCUACGACAGCCAUCCGCCAUUUCACAGAUUUGGAAGCGUCUGGACACCCCCCAAUGACGUCUACCACGACCCGAAUGAGGUUGUGGAAGCGAGCUUCGUGAGUGGGGACCCCAGGAACAACCUACGCACCAACAGGACCUACCUUGUAGUGGAGAAGCGCCUGCCAUCUGGCCAAUGGAAAGCUGCCUUUUCGGACUCUGACUGGGAGACAAAGUUCGCUUUUUAUUCUCAUGGAGGCGCGUCAUUGGAUUUCUUCCUCUGUGGUUCCACGUCGUUGAAGUCCAGUGGUCUCUUAGAUCGCUCUCCGGAGAAUGCGAGCCGGGAACUUACCGAAUUCGUCAUUUUGGAACCGCCAAUGUCUUCGGCCAUGGGAUGCUGGAGUUCAGUGGUGAAACCAAACCCUUCAAGGUACUGUGUUAAUCGUGUCGAGGGUGAAGGGAACCUCCGUCAACAGUUGCAUGCUUCUUUCUAA